AUGCCAAAAAAGGACACCAGGGAGCAGCGACACCGUCUAAGACGGCUUGGAGGAGAUGGAGGAGGGGGGGGGGUAGAGGAGGAGGAGGAGGGAGAUUCCUCCCAUGUCGGCCAGGGGCCUUCCUUGGCCUCCUCCGCGAUCAAGCCGGAGAAGCCUAACGCAGCGUCGAUAUCAUUCUGCGUUGUUGACCUUGCUGAAGUUGUACCUGGCUCUUCGUACGCCAGGUACGCCUUCAGCAAGGCCACAAGUUCGGAAAGGUCGGCCUUCUUCGGAGGCAUCGUUGUUGGUGUUGGUGUUGGUGCUGUUGCUGUUGAUGAUGGCAUUGAGAAGAACAGGGACACAAUUGAAGAACAUAUUGCUGGAAGUUACGCAUUGUGA